GGCCCGGCCCGGAACGACGACCAGAACCCACGGCAGGACUGAUAGCGGGCAGGAGUAGCAGAGGAGGAUGAUGAUGGCUUUGAUGAAGGUCCUGCUGUGUCUGUGGCUGACUGUGAGCGGGGUCGGCGCCUCCUACGUCCCCCAGGAGAUGAACAAGACCAUCCAGAACCUCCUGCAGUACUAUAAAAUUCCGAACGCCGUGAGGUUUAAUGGAAAUCCGGUUUUUCCAAAGGACUUGGUGGACGGAAACGUGGAGAUGAAGAUGGUCUUCAUGCACGGCGUUCUGGAGACCUACGAGGAGCUGAUUGGACGCAUGCUGAGCCAGCUUCCCACCGCCACUCCACCGCUGGCCUCGUCCGGCACCACGUCCAACCACGACAGCGGCGGCGGCGCCCAGGUCAAGGCAGACGUCCGCUCCAAGCUGACGUACGUUCUGGGGAAGAUCCAGUAUCUGAAGAGGCAUCGCUACCAGGAGCAGGAGAAGCUGCUGCUGAGUCUGCAGAGCCUGAAGAGCAUCCAGAUGAGCAACCGGACCGUCCAGAGCAAAGCAUUGUGGGAACUGCCGCAGCUUUUCGAGAAGGCGAGCUCGCUGGCCGACGACAAGAUGAGGAGGCGGCGGCGGCGGCGGCAGGCGAGGAACAGGAUGCACCUGAAGGCCUGAGCCGGUUGCCAUGGCAGCCGCUAGA